UCUUAAAAUCAAACUUUAAACUCUCAAAAAAACACUCAAAAUCAUAAUAUUAUCGUAUCGACAAUGGCUAUUAAGGUUAUAAGCUUCGUGUAUUUAUUUGUUUUGAUGAUACAAAUUUCAUGUUCAAGUGCUCUUUUAAACUCCAUGCCAGAUGUUAAUGUUCAAUAUUCUAAGUCCAUAUCUGAUUUGAAGGAAACAAUUGUAAAGGGACUGGAGUCACAACUAGAAGGUGCCAAAGUAUCAGGUUUUGACUUAAAGGAUACUUUAGUAGCUAGAUCAAUGGAGUUUGAGCUCGAGAUCGAUAACAAAGUUCUUCCUAUAAAACUGUUGGAGGAUGUAAACAAAUGGGAACACGUCGAAUUGCCUACUUUCCUAGUGGAAGAUAAGGUAAGAUUAUCUGAUGAAAAUGGGUUGCUAGCGAAGAAAGAUAAGGGUUUGCCUAGUUUGGCUCCAUUCCAGCUCUCGGGUCCAAUGGAGCUUUGGAUUCAGGAUGCCAAGGACAUGCGCCUUUUUUUGCCACAUGAUGUUGAUGCUGGAGAGCUAAAGAAAGUAAUCCUAGCAGAUGGUGCUGUAGUCACAAUACACGGUGCCAAGUCUGUCAGUUUACGACACCCCAUUGAACUCCCACUUCCUUUUAACAAAACAAAUGACGGUUUUGCUUCAGGCCUCUUCACGUUAGCAGACCACCUCCUAAACGCCUCUCGUUCCAAAAGCCAACUUAUCUCUCUCCGUAUCGUUGGACCUGCGUCACUAAGUUCCCCUGCCACAUCAUCACGCUCUUCCAACAGGCUCAAGCUUAAACGCCUUGCUCCUGGCUUGGUAAAACUAUCUGCAGUUUCAAAGCCAAACUCAAAAACUGCACUCUCUACCAUUGAUCUUCAAGAACAGACCCCGGCCCUCUUCACUCAAGAAGGCGUGAACACAUUUUGGCCCGUUUCAUCCCUCAAUAGGUCAAACUCAAACUUACGUGGUAUAGAGACGCUAAUUUCUGCUGUUUUGGAUUCAACAGCUAGCACGAGUGAUUCCUUUAAGGUGUUGAAAGUUGACAUAUCAGCUCAGACUUUUUUGAAGCUAGGUUUUGCUGUGGAAAAGAAGUUGACCGGCAAUGAGUCCUUCUGGGAGGGGUACCCUGAAUGGAGAACAAAGCCUGAGAACAUAAAUUUGCAUUAUGAGGUAUUGGCGAAGGUCGAUGGUCAAAAGCUUGUGCCAGAAAAAGUCUUGGAAGUUGACCCUGUUAUUGUUGAAGAUUCGGUGGCACCGAGUGUCCUUAACAAAAACAUUUCCAUGUCAAGGAUGCCGAUCAUUCAUUUUCCCUUUAGUCCUUUUGCAUUGUGAAUUUGGUUGAGUCAAACUGUACAUAUACAGCUUUUGUUACUAAAUUUUUGAACUAAUGAUUAUAUAUUCAUAGAUAUACAGUAUAUUUAUUUGAACACA